GUAAUACUAAAUUGUGGGAAUUAGAGCACAAAAUUUGUAUGAACUGCUCAAGAGUUGGCCAUAUUUCAGUGUUAUCAUACAAUUCUCACUUUCUGUCAUGCAAGGCAAAGGAAGCCAAGGGCAAAGCAACGUAUGCUUAUAAUAAAUUUAAUGUCCGAUGGGUGGAGAAAGAUGCUGAAGGAUGUCCACUGCUUAAAAGAAGCAGAAGUGGAGAGACACGGAAAUCUUCCAAGAUUAUUUGUGAUUACCCACCAAACAAUUUUUCUUAACAGAGUGUAACUGUGCCUAUUGUAUAUAGAUUGAAGCUUGUUAACUCAAUAAGGUGUUCUUUUUAAUAAAUUUGUCAUUUAAAUGGAAUUGUCAGACAUGCUAAACAGUCAUGCCUAUUAUAGCCUUAAGUCACUAUACAAACAUUGUAUUACUGGGUUUCACAUCUCUGGCCCUUUAGCUCCAAACAUGAUCAAACACACCUGAAUAAGCUAAUCAAGGUUUUCAGGAUUACUACAGAGUUAUAUGCAGGUGAAUUUGAUCAAGGUUGGAGCUAAACUCUGCAGUAAAGUGGAUCUCAAGGGCCAGAGUUGAGAACCCCUGCUGUAUUAUAUGUUAAUAAGACAAAAAAAAGUGUUAUCUCCUUUCUUUAACAAUUUUUUUUUAGUAGUAUCUGUAGUUGGCAGUAAGGAUGCUACUCCUUUUGAGUCAGCUAUGGAGGUUCCCACAGUUACCCAAUCAAACUGCUCUGAACACUUAUUUGACAGUGAGAUGCAGAAAUUACAGGACAUUCUGACCUCAGCAAAUGUUCAAGGCACAAACAAGUAUCCUUCAACAUCCAAAUCAUGGUGCUUGCACCAAUCUGUAGCCCAAGAGGAGUGGCGGAAAGCAAGGUCCUAUCACAUAAACUGCUUGCCAUCCUGCAAUGUGGUUCCAGAACAGAAUUGCAGCCACUGCACAUCUCCUGCCAUCAUUUGCUGCAAAGACUGCAUGCCAGAAGAGUGGCUGUGUAUGGAUUGUGACAUACACAAAAAACUCACCCUUUCAUAACAGGGAGUCCUGCAUUGAGGGAAUUUACAAGCUCAUUGAGCCAACAGUGUGCUGUGUAAAAAAAGAUGGCAAAUAUACACUGGUCAAUCAAGUGUGUUUAUUACCUACAGUGAGACCUGUCACUUUAUGUACUUGUGACCCUGUAAGCAUCACUGAAUCAGCUGGCAGAGCAAUUAUUUUGGUUUGCAUAAAUGGUCGGUAUGAUUUGCAUUUGCCAAAUUUGUUGUGCAAAGUAUGUCUGGCACAGUGGACACCUGACAUGAGUGACCUAAUAAGAAGUGGGUAUUGGCCAGCAUCUGUGAAUGCUGACACGCUGUUUUCAGUGGAUGUCUUCAGUACAUUUGAAGAAAUGAAAACUAUUGCACCCAGUUUAUCAAGACAAGGUUUUUUGCAGAUGUUGGAGAGAAGGACUUGUCACUUUGGAAGGGCUGGGAAAAUACAUGGAGAUGUAUUCCAAAGAAGCUUUAUGGAAUACACAUUCUGCCAGUACCAGUGUGAGAAAAUGGCCAGUGUAGAGCACUUCACCUGCCCGGCAUGUACACCCAACACCCUUGCUCUUUGUGCAGAUGGCAACAGAAAACUAUACCGAUUUGACAAUACGUCACGACUUAAAUACGACAAGCUCUUCAUUAUCCUGCUGCAUAACUUUGCUCUGGAUACAAGAAGUAAUACUAGACAACUGCUAUUGUAAAUAUCAGCUGACAAUCAUAGGCUGUUUGCUUUAAGGUAUGUCUACCAUUUUAUGCAUGUAUGAAUGUUCUU